AUGAAACUAUUGUGUCUACUUCUACUUUUACUAAUUUUACAAUGCUAUUCUCAAAAUGUAAUAUUAUCAAACGAAGGUGAAGCAAAUUCAGAUGAUAAUGGAGUAUUAGAUAGUCAAUACACAACUCAACAAGCAAAAACCCCAAAAUUUGUCUUGUUGUGCGCACUAAUUCCACAAAUUCCAGGAUGUCCAUGCGAUAGUUUAAUAGAUACACGUGAAACGUAUUAUGAUUUUAAAGGAUCAGACUGUGUAUGUUAUGAUUCUCAACAAAGUGGAUUUGAUUCUCCACCAUGCUUCUGUGCAAAUAAAAACUCUCCUGAGUGUCAAUGUUUGAGUGGUUUAACUAGUUUGGGUGAGGAUCAUGAUAGAAUGUGCAUAGUUUCCCCUUUGACAUAUGCUUCACCAUAUACAAACUGCACAUCAUUUUUGAAUCCACUAGGGGAGGGUGGUUUGUGUUAUGGAGACCAAUCAGAUUCUCCACAUUGUAUCACAUUAAAAGCAUGUAGAAAAUUGACACCAAUAUUAAUAGAUGAUUCAUCGAUUACAACUAAAUGUGUACAGAAACCAGAAACUGAAGGUUGCCCAUGUUCUUCAGAACAGUUAGUAACUGAUGAAGAUGAAUUGAUUUGUAGCUGUUUCAGAAAUCUCCAAAAUCCCGGUUGUCCUUGUCAUACUGAUCCAUUAUCAUCUACUUGUGGUAAAUUUAAAUCUGUUCUUUCAACAACUACUUCAACAACUACUUCAACAACUACCUCAACUAAAGUUCCAGAGCUUACAAAAGCAGAAUCAUUGCCAUCAUCAACAGUUCAAAUAACAACAGAAACUUCAGCAAAAGUUGCUGAUAAAGUUACAUCUACAAUUGCCGUAAAUGAUACCAAACUAUCAAAUUCUGCAGAUUCACAAACGUCACAUGUCGAAAAUGUAACUGUUGUUAAAGAUGAAGAGAUUAAAUCAUCUGAUGCGACUAGCGCAUUUAUUCUAAAACAUUCAGUUUAUGGAAUUGCUCCAAUAGUCUAUGGAAUAGCCUACUUGUUAUUCUAG